AUGGGAAUGAAGGUCAUGAUUUUUGCUGGUGUCACAACCCUGAUUCAAGCGGUGGUUCAAGUGAUCUUCAGCUCAAUAUCACUCGCGCAGUAUUACUGCUUGCUAGAUUUUCUACGAGAGUUACCGAUUUUAAUCUACAUUAGAAUAUUGUAUUACCAUAAUCCGAGUCAAUGUGGCAUUCGCAUCAAUAUAGGAAAUGCUAUAGACGGUAUAGCUGACCAAGCAUUUGUAUUAAUGACUAGAGAGCCACUAACUGUAACUCGAACAUUUAUCAUUAAUUGCGUUAGUUUGGGCUUAGGCGUCCUUUGGCUUCUCACCAGCACUAUCAUUAUGACUGGUGGUUUAAAGAAUGAUUACUCCAAGCCAAUACGAUGGCCUUGGAUCAUGGUAUCAGUUGGUAUAUGCACUCUGGAUGUCGUCGCUACUGUAAUAUUUGCCAAUGACUCGUUUUACACAAAGACUCUCGCAAAUAUUAUGGACUACGUGGAUGGUACCGCGAAUGGCGUGGGCAAUGUUCAGUUGGACACAUCCCUGACAUCGUGGAUCAUGGUCAUACUCUACGCGCGCUUUGGUGUCUUUUUUUUCAUCAACAUUCUUCUUAUUAUUCUUGUGGCAGUCAAUCAAUCCAAAGAGAAAAAAACUGAUAUAGCUGUUAUUGAAGCGCCAACUUCUACGAUUCCUGUGGUAGAAGAACAUAUAAUACCAGCUGCUACUCAAGAUGCGGAAGUACAAAGCUCUCCCGUGGCUUCAGUACAUGUACCAGUUCAAGAAGUGGAAAUUAGUUCAUCUGAACCGAUUGUAACAGAAGCGACGCAACGAGAACCAAGGCACGCACUCUCAGAUAUAACUGAAGUUUCAACAAAUUUGAGUAGCACGAGGAAUUUCGAAGGAUCCACUAUGCGUGACGAUUACAACGCGAAAAUACCACGUGCUGACUUCAGUCAGGCAUUUCGAAAUAUGAAAAAAUUGCUCUUCGACAAAAGUUCCCCUCAUCCGAGACGUGUUUCUUUAACAAAUUCUUUGGACAUCUCUCCAGAUAAGUCGCCAAGAAUACACCACGAGGAAGACGACAAAAAACGUACCGUGAAUUUUCCCGAUAAUCUACUAUCAUUGCCACAGCGAUUAGAAAAUAUGAUAGCCGAACAGCAAAUGCGCCUGGACCGUGAAGUAAUUGAUAUGAUUGGACGGACGUCGAGUCCUCGGACUACACAAUCGUUGCCGCAAUUGAAUGAAACCAACCAACCCGCUACUCCUGUUUUCAAUCGCGACCGUCCAUCGCGCAGCAUCUAGUUUGAGUUCGUUGACGCAGAAGAGGAAUUAUUUUAUGUCACAAAACAAAAAGAGUUAGUCCGUUUUCUUUAUUUAGAUCGCUCACUCACAGAAACGGAUGUUUUAUAUUGAAAAGACGAAAAGUGGAACGUUUUCAUAGACCAAAGGCUUUAGAUUUAUUUCAAUAAUUUAUUCAGUAUUUCUUUUUAUUUAUGUUUUGAGUUCUGAAAUUUAUGCCUUUUCAUCUAGCUCUUUAUCUUAGCUCUUAAGUAUUCAAUGAACAUACAAUUUGGAACUGAUAACUUAAGAUCAAAUUUCUUAUUAUUAAAACAUAAUAAAUUUCGUGCGCGUUAUGUGGUUCUCAAUUACUUCAGAUAUUUGUUGAUUUUGAGCUCUUUAAGUGUAUA